UAUUUUUUACCAGUUGUAUGUUGGCCGAGGGUUUGCGUGGCGGGGGCGGCAACGACGAUGACAUUAUUUUAUUCAUGCUGUGAUAGUGAAAUAACAACAACAACAACAAAAACACCAAGAACCAUAACACCCAACCCCCCAAAAUCAAUCGCAAUAUUUUUGACUAGAACCGCAAAACCAAUGGAUAGUCAUUACAUUAAACGAUAAAAAAAACGGGAAAUUAACCAAAAGCUUUAAUCAUAAACUAAAAAAAAACACCAAGCAAAUCGUUGCAAACCGUAUAAAUAAAUAAGUCUUUAAUGCAUAGUGAAAACAGCACCAAUUAGCGCAUAACCUAUAAAAUAUUAGUCAAUAUGUUUAGCUAGUUACAAUUUACAUAGAUACCAUUUAAUUAGUGGCUUCAAACAAAACACCAAAAAAAGAAACCAACAACCAACAAAAGGGGAAAAACCAAUACCUAGUUCAAUUGUACGGAACGCAAAACUAACGAAUAGCGAUUAGGAAAACUGGCCAACUGAUAAGGCUGGCGAAAAUAUUAAGCUUAUAGCGAAUAGGAAAUAAUAAUAGCAACUACCCCCCAAACGCGCCGAAAGCCCCGAAAAGCGAAUUCAUUCAGAAAACGUGCCACACAACCGGACGGCAGCUACGUCGACUGCGGCAGCGACGGACAACGUUAAAUGUCAAAGUCAUAAAGAGAAAGCGGAGAAAUGCCGAUGAGAGAAAGCUCAAAACAAAUGUCAAAACUAUAAGGAGCUUUUAGGAGAAGCAACGUUAAGUGUCAAAAUCACAAAGAGAAAUCAAAGGAAGUGCCGGAGAGAUAAGCUCAAAACUAGAAGGAUAACCUCCGGUUAAGCAGUUAACCAGAGCUUUUAUGUCACAAAGCCAUAACUGUUAAAAUCAUUGAGCAAGAAAGGAAAAAUAUUAAAGAACAAUCAGAAUAUUGUCAAAAUCUUAACUAGAAAGGAUAACAUGGUUAAAUGGAUAACGGCUCGGCUAUCUUUCUGUUAAAUGCUACAUGUUAAAGUGAAAGCGAAGAAAUAGUACUUCAAGAAGAUUUAAUAGGUCACGCAAAAACCUUAGAGUAGCUUUACUAAAGAGAAAAGCUGAGGAUAAGGGAAUAAAAACGAUAAGAAAGUGAAAGUAAAAGCUCAGUGAAUCUUCUUGAAACUAGACCAAUGAGCAAGCCUUAAGUGAAAGCUCAGGAUACAAGCUCAAUCACAGCUUUUGGCCAAGACACAAGCCAAUAAACCAAGACCAAUGGCCAGCACAGCGGUGGGAAUGGGAGGGGCAGGAGGCGCAGGAGGGGCACAAGGAGCGCCAGCUGGAUCGGCGCAUCCCGACGACGCCAGCAGCAUGAGCGACGACGUCUUCGAGGAUGCGGAGACCACCCAGGCCAGGAUCGAGGAGUUGCGUCGUCGUCCCUUCGGCGACGGCUGUUACAAUCCCCCCGCAGCACCCGCCUCUGUUUCGGCCUCGAUAACGACAACAACGACGCAGCACCACCACCACCAUGAUCAUAAUCCACACCACCAGCACCACCAUCACAGCCAGCUGAGUUUGACCGGCAGCCAUCACUACCACGACGACACCAUCAUGGCCCCCGUUCAGCGCUCAGCCACCGGAUAUCCGGGCUACCGCCCCUCCCGCGAGGCUAUGCAGAUGUAUGCAUACGGAGCCGAGGACUACGAGGACGACUACAACGAUGGCUGGCGAUCGUAUCGCUACGACGAGGUGGACAUGCACCCAGCCCCGCCCACCGCCCAUCAGCAGCCCUUCGACGACACGGUCAACCACAAAACGAUCCUACUGGGCGACUCGGGAGUGGGCAAGACGUCCUUCCUGGUCAAAUACAACACGGGCGAGUUCCGGCUGGGCUCCUUCUCCGCCACAGUGGGCAUCGCGCUAACGAACAAAGUGGUGGUCGUCGAUGGGACACGCGUCAAGCUGCAAAUCUGGGACACGGCCGGUCAGGAGCGAUUCCGAAGCGUUACCCACGCCUACUACCGCGACGCCCAUGCUCUGUUGCUGUUGUACGACGUAACCAACAAGACCACCUACGACAACAUCCGCGCCUGGCUGGGCGAAAUCCGGGAAUACGCGCAGGAGGACGUGGUCAUCGUUUUAAUAGGAAACAAGGCCGACUGCAGCGGCAGCGAGCGGCAGGUGAAGCGGGAGGAUGGGGAGCGCUUGGGAAGGGAACACAACGUGCCCUUCAUGGAGACCUCGGCCAAGACGGGACUCAACGUGGAGCUGUCCUUCACAGCGGUGGCCAGGCAGCUGAAGAGUCGCGGCUACGAGCACGGCGAUGAUGGAAAGUUCAAUGUGCAUGAUUUUGUGCGUGACAAUACAAAGGCGCGCUCGGUUUGCGCCCAAUGCAGAAAUAUGUAAUUGCAAUUGUUAUUGGCCAGGUCGCGACUUACAAAAGCCAUAUCCUCCCGAUCCCGCGCACAAAGAUAACAAUAAACCGGCAGUCAGAUCGAAGGGAAGUGGAAGUGAAAGUGGGGCACUCAGAAGGAUAUAGAUAUGGAUUACUGAAGGAUACACGUAGGGCAGAGUCAACCUUCUGCAUUUAUUGAACAACAAAUUAAACACAAAGACACUCGACAAGAUGGCACCAAUUUUGUAAGAACCUAGUGAGAGGGUAGAGUACUCGGUAUGUUUUGUAUGUAAAUGGGAUUUUCGGGGCGGAACGGGACGGGAUACGCAUAAUUUUUUUAGGGCAAGCCAUUGGCAAUGCAUAAGGCAUAAGUAGGCCAAUCCAAUGCAUAAAUAUUGAACAAUAUAUAUACAUAUAUACAAAUAUCCAUAUACAACUGCAUAAAUUACUUUAACGAGGGAAAAAGAGAGAUAAUACCGCAGAGGAAGCGCAGCAAAAUCAUGCAACAUUGAGAUUUAUCCAGCACGCCGUUGGACUUCGCUGAGGAUCGUCUUUAUAUGUACCUACCGACAACCAACAACUGCAAACCAGUGGAAAUCUCGAGAAGUACCAAAUCUAAUUAAUGAGAAACAAUCACUCAAUUUACCUACUAUUAGUUCUAUUGUUUUACUCCUAAUUGUUAAGUGUUAUGGCCUAUCGUUAAGUUUUAGACCCACUCGAGGCCCCUGGAAAAUUAUUUACACACCCCACUUAUGAAUACCCUACGCAACUAAGUUAAUUACUACUACUUACGUCUCAUCUACUGUAAGCCCAACCAAAAAAACCCAUUCGAAACUAUUUUGAGGAGCGCGCCCAGGCGAAGGUUGCGAAUAAUCAAAGGCAGUUGAACCUAUUACUAUACUGAGCUACUACAGCGAAAGAAAAAGAAUCCGACGCAUGCAUAUAUCAUGUAAACUAGCUACUAAACAGCGUUAUAUUCAAGCAGACGUCAAGUCUAUACCAUAAACAGCAAAUACAUAUUUACAUUGAAUGUGGUUUAAAAAACGGA